AUGGAUGAAUCCCUGACUCUUAAGUGUCAAGCCACCCCUGACUAUGGUUCAUUCCGAUCCCCGAGUCCACCAUAUGCCGUGGGGUUGCUUCAUGAUCCUGAGGGCGAUGACAGCGCCACAGACGUCGACCGAUCUCAGUACCGUCGGAGAUGGGGCAGCAAAUUGAAACUGAUCGGCUCUCAGUUCCUCACUCGCCAGGAUCAAUCUUGGUUCGACCUUCCCGCGGAGGUGCAGACUGCAGAGCGCAGCCGACGGCUGUACGCUUGCACAACGCAAUGUUGA